CCCUCGUGGUGACCUCAUCAGAAGGCGGGGUUCGACGUCCGGAUUUUUGUCCUACCUGUUUCUGUGCCGGUGGCUAUGGCGGCUCCCCGUCCUGUCAGUUCAGAGGCGCCUUUCGAUCCGUCCCAGGCUCCAGUCAUCGAGGGCUUUAGUCCCACGGUCUACAGCAACCCAGAGGGCUUUAAGGAGAAAUUUAUUCGCAAGACCCGUGAGAACCCAAUGGUCCCCAUAGGCUGUCUGGGUACGGCGGCUGCCCUCUCCUAUGGCCUUUACUGCUUCCACCGCGGCCAGAGCCACCGCUCCCAGAUAAUGAUGCGCACCCGGAUCGCUGCCCAGGGUUUCACGGUCGUAGCCAUCUUGUUGGGGUUAGCGGCAUCUGCUAUGAAGUCUCGACCCUGAGUGUCUAGCCGGACCUUGAGAGCUCCAUGGAAAUCAUUGUAAAAUCCAGGAGCAACAAACAGCCCUGUCAGACGUAUUCCCUCCGUUUCUGACUGUACUCAGUUGUCACUUGGGUGAGGAAGUGGCCGAUUUUUGUGACUGAUGUCCGUCCUCCUCUCCCCCGAAAUCCCAGGUUCACUUCAGUUGGGUUGCACACUAAAAAUUUGUGAUGCGUCCCCUUAACUACUUACUUAAUAAAGCCUUAAUAUACUGGCAA